AUGUCCGGGCGUUUUGUGCGUUCCUCCAAGUAUCGCCACGUCUUCGGGCGUUCGACGAGAAAGGAGCAAUGCUACGAUAACCUUCGAAUCUCGCGAAAUGCCUGGGAUACCAACUUGGUCAAAGUUAACCCGAAGCACCUUGCGGUCAAUUGGGAAGCCGGUGGUGGUGGAGCUUUUGCUGUUAUUCCUCUUGAUGAGCGAGGCAAACUCCCUGAGCGCAUCCCUCUGUUCCGGGGCCACACCGCAGUGGUACUCGACACCGACUGGAAUCCUUUCGACGAUGAUCUGAUUGCUUCUGGUUCCGACGACGGAAAGGUCUUCCUCUGGCGGGUUCCGGAGAAUUUCACCGUUCGUCCCGAUGCCGAAGCGGACGACAUUCAGGACAUCGCUCCUGUUGGAAAGCUGAGCGGCCAUCCCAAGAAGAUCGGCCACGUGCUUUUCAACCCCGCGGCGGAAAACGUGCUGGCAACGGCCUCGGGCGAUUAUACUGUGAAGAUCUGGGAUAUUGAAGCGGGUGCGGCGAAGCUGACGCUGAAUGUUGGCGACAUUGUUCAGUCACAGUCGUGGAGCGCCAAUGGCUCCCUGCUGGUCACUACCUCCCGUGACAAGAAGCUGCGUCUUUGGGAUGUCCGUCAGGAACGGCCCGCGCAGGAGACCAACGGACACUCGGGAGCCAAGAACAGCCGCACCGUCUGGCUGGGAGAGCGCGACCGGAUCGCGACCACCGGUUUCUCCAAGAUGAGUGACCGGCAGCUCGCCCUGUGGGAUAUCCGCGCGGUCCGGGAACCGAUCAACGGAUUCAAGACCCUGGAUUCCAUUUCUGGUGUCUGCAUGCCCUUCUGGGAUGAUGGUACUAACUGCCUGUACCUGGCUGGACGCGGUGAUGGAAACAUCCGUUACUUCGAACUGGAAAACGAUAAGUUCGAGUACCUGUCCGAGUACAAGUCCGCCGACCCUCAGCGAGGCGUUGCGUUCAUGCCUAAGCGCGGUGUCAACAUGCACGAGAACGAAGUUGCCCGCGCGUUCAAGACCGUCAGCGAUGGCUACGUUGAGCCUGUUUCAUUCAUCGUCCCUCGUCGAUCAGAGAACUUCCAGGACGAUAUCUACCCGCCCACCAUCGGAGUUACCCCCGCCAUGGGCCCCUCCGAAUGGCUCUCAGGGAAGGAGGCGAUUCCCCCUAAGAUAUCCAUGGCCAGCCUCUUCGAUGGCGAGGGCCUCAAGGAGAUUUCUGGUGUGCAGGACAAGCCCACUACCACCAUGGAUGAUCCUGCCCCCAAGCCGGCUGAGGCUGAGCCAGUGGCUAAAAAGACACCCGAGCCUGUUGCCCCAAAGGCUGCCCCCGAGCCUGCUCCUGAGCCCGUUUCUGUGGCCCGGCCCGCUCCAUCUAUGAAGGAGCAGGGUGCCUCGAUGGCCGCCAUGGUGACGAAGUUCGCCGAUGAGGAGGUGGAGGAGCCUGUGGAUGACGACUCCAGCUUUGAAGAGGUUCCCAAGCCCUCCGAGCGCGCCGCUCGCUCGGCUGUUGCUGAGUCUUCAUCUCCGAGAGUCAGCAGCCCUCUGUGGCCAAAGGAGCCUGAGCCCGAGCCCAAGCCGCAAUCUCGCGUUGCUGUAAGUACCUUCCUUCUUGACUCUUUGUCUUAUGAGACCAAAGUACUAAUUUACCAUCAGACCCCAACCAUUCCCUCGCCUGCCAGCGAGCCCAGCGUGCCUACCAGCGCCGUCCACAAGGAGAUUGAAGAGAUCAAGAACCUGAUCGCCCAGCAGACCAAGAUUAUCGCAGACCAGGCCUCGCAGAUGCAGAAGCUGACGUCCGACAUGGAAAAGCUGAAGAGCAAACUGAAUUAA